CCUACAAUGCAGAAUCCAUCCCGACUUUUGAUCUCGCUUUUCUAUUGGAUAUUUCACAAUGUCACCAUUUUUCCCAAUCCCGGAGCUGCCCGGAAAGUACGCAACGAACAGAGUUGCCGUCGAAGAAUCGUUACGCAUCCCGCCAUGUGAAUGUACCGACUGCCAGACUGGCUUCUAUACAGCUGAGGAAUAAUGGCAACCACAAUUAUAUUCUUAUAUGAGUGAAAGAGAGCUCAUCCACUGUCGAAGCCCAAGAAGGAGAUGCCAUUUGUUGACUCCAUGGUUUAAUGUGGAGAUUGGGCUGCCUUUGACUGUAGACAGCUUACAUCGGGUUGGGCGUGCGGGUGGUUCGAUGUCGACUUCUAUAAUCAUUAUGUACGAACACCGAUUUGGUGAACUUGUGGACUGGGAAGAGGCCGCAGCUCAUCGAUCGGAUAUUCUUGGAUACCCUCGUGCUCGGCUUGUUCUCGAAGCCCAAGCGUUUAUCAUGAGUACCCUUCGUGCGGUUGUCGACAAGAUUUUGGACGGCGUCGACGACUCUACUCCCGCUCGGACAGAGAAAUUGCGGGAGCUGACAGGUAACGCCGCGUUUAGGCGUACUGGGGAGGUAGAGGCUUGGUCACCAUAUACGAACCAAGCCUUCUCUGCCCCUCCUAUCUUGGAUAUAGAGUAUUUACUCUCUUUAGCCAAGACUCGAUUAGAUGCAACCGACGACCAUCUCCGGCAUCUCCAAUGCGACCCAGCAUACAUGCGCCGGCACAUGAAGAUGCAGUCUCGAAAAUCGCUUUUAAAGAUAGCCGAUCAAGAUGAGGCUGCAAUACAUCUCGCCUACGAUAUAUAUGUGGAAGUGCUUGGCCAUUAUUGGUGGCAUUGGAUUGAGACGGAGUGUAAGAAUGUCGCAGAUUUACACCGGCGGUUUAGAGAUAGCAUCUACCAAGGACAGCCUCUGCCUCCUCUCUAUGAAAGGGGUCUGGGCGCUCUGGAGCUCUUUAUUAGCAAUCAAGUGAUCUACCGAGCGAAUAUGCUCUAUCAGAUCAUACGUUGUUGCCCAGGAUUUUCUCAACAUUGGACAGUAAGCCGCAAUACCGAUGCGCACAGUGGUUACGCCAAGUUAGAAAGAAAGGGAACAAAUAACACGAAGACUUCGAAGGAGACCCCCUUGAUUGGUGUCUUAUGCAGUUGAUAGGGGAGCCAGACCGGCAGACUGGGUUUGAUCAUGCGAUGCUCUUUGCCUUCUUACAGGAUCAUAUUUCCCAGUGCGGCCCAAAAGAAAGGGAACGGAUAGAUGAGAGUCUAUUUAAAAGCCUUUCAGACCUCUCGACCUGCUACGAGAUGUUAGUCGCGUUACGUUUAAGUAGACCUC